AUGCGCCGGGUGUACCCAUAUCGGGCUUUAUACAUCAUUUACAAAGUAUUCUACAAUCUCUUCUUGCAUCCAUUGCAGCUAUAUCCCGGCCCACUGCUGGCUCGUUCCACGAAUCUUGUAUAUAACAAGCACAUCGCAGCUGGAGACGUACACAUAUGGAUCAGACAACUCCACGAGAAAUAUGGACCAUUUGUACGCAUUGCGCCAGAUGAAAUCACAUGCGUCGAUGCUCAGGCAUGGAAAGACGUCUACGGAUUUAAAAGAGAAAUGGUCAAAGAGGAAAGAUUUUACGGCAAAGAUACUAUGAACCCAAAUGCACCAGGAAUUGCGUUGCAUCAACAACAACUGAUGAUCAAGACGUACGCAGACAUGCUUUGUAGCAAGCUCAGUGUACUGUCAGCCAAGGGUGAGAAGGUUGACAUGGUCAAAUGGUUGAACUACACGACUUUCAACAUCAUGGCCGACAUGACAUUUGGCGAGUCUAUGGAAUUGCUAGAUGGCUCUCCAAACAGCAACUGGGUCGACAUGCUGUUCGAAUUGCUGCAGUUUGUAAUGCGUCAACAUCUCAAAGAACGAAUCAGUAAGCACCAACAAUUCACUAAUGAGCGCAUCUACAAGCGUCUAGCGCGCAAGGCUGAAAAGCCCGAUAUGUGGUCCUUUGUCGAGGACAAGGUUGGCAAAAAGGAAGAUGCUCUUCACAAGAACGAGAUUGCCUCUACCGCUGCAAAUUUCAUGGUUGCCGGUACAGAAACUACCGCGACCACACUCGCUGGUUUACUCUACCUUUUUUCCAAGAACCCUGACAAGAAGAAGCGCCUUCAGGAUGAGGUGUGCAACACCUUCUCAUCGACUGAAGAAAUGACCCUGCAGAAACUCGCGCGCUUGCCGUAUCUCAAUGCAUGCAUUGAGAUAGGGACUGCGGCCAUCGUGACUAUACCCCAAUGGGCUGUGUACCGCAACUCGGUCGAUUUUCACCGCGCAGACGAGUUUCUGCCCGAGCGCUGGAUGCCAGAGGGCCAGGCUGAGUUUGGCAGCGACCGCAAGGAUGUGCUUCAGCCCUUUUCAUAUGGACCACGGAAUUGCCUUGGCAAGAACUUUGCUUACCAUGAAAUACGCGUCUUGCUUACUGUGAUGUUGUUUUACUUUGAUUUUGAGCUUUGCUCCGAAUCCAACGGGUGGGUCGAUCAAAAGAUUUUUACUUUGUGGAUUAAGCCUCCGCUAUGGAUGAAGCUAAAAUCCCGUGCAAUAUAA